UCCACAAGAUGUAUAGUUCUUCCGCACAUUUUACGACAGCAAAACUUGAGGGGUAUUUUAGGGUGCUUUCCAUUUUAUUUCCAGACGAGGAUGUCAUUUAGGGGUGGACUGAGCGGCAGAUGUCUCCUUUGGGUUUGGUUUGAUGGCACUUAAACUUGUUUUUCUUGAGCAAGUUGGGAUAUAUGAUGCUUUUGUAGGUGAAGAUGCUUGCACUUUGCCAACAGACAGUGGACCAUGCAAGGCCUAUUUUAUUAGAUACGGUUUCAAUUGUUGUUCUCAAAAAUGUGAGAAAUUUAUCUAUGGAGGGUGCCUAGGAAAUAAAAAUAACUUUUCAACGAAAGAUGAGUGUGAAAAAGCUUGUGAAAAGAAAAAGAAGUAAGAAAAGAAUGAGUUUCACAGAAGGACAAAGCAUCUAGAUAUUGAAAAAAACAUCCAAUUUUAUUGUAUUCAUUAAAGUAUUUUAUUUUAAUAGA